AUGGCAGCGGCUGGGAGUGGGGGGUGGCGGCAAUUGGGGCUAAAUCCAAACAUUCUGGUGAAGGAUCUUUUUAAUGGUCAAGGAAGAUGGAAUAGGAAUUUGAUUAAAGUGUCCUUUUCUGCCGAAGAUGCUGAUUGCAUUUUAUCCAUUCCUUUAUCGCUGACUAACCAAUCUGACAUGUUGAGAUGGCACUAUGACAGAUUGGGAACUUACAAUGUAAGGAGUGGGUAUAGAGUUGCUCUAGAUAUUAAGGAGAGUUCAUCCUCAUCUGAUUCAGCUGGAAGUAUAAAAUGGUGGAAAUCUUUGUGGAAACUUCCCAUUCCAUCAAAGAUUAGAGUGUUUGUGUGGAGAUGUUUUAACAACUGGCUACCUGUUAAGUCAAAUUUGAUUCAACGAGGUAUGCAUAUUGAUAGUACUUGUCCUGUUGCAGGUUUACUAAAACCUAAACAAAAUUGGCAGGUUAAGGAUUUGUUGCUGCAGGGGUAUCAUGUGUAUCAAAAAUCUGAUUUCAUUUCUUUUUGUGUUCUAUUAUGGAUGUUGUGGAACAAUAGAAACAGUAUUCUAUUUGGGUCGAGACCCAAACCGGAUAAUCAAAUUGUAGACUGGGCUAAUGAUUUCAUUAUAGAAUACCAGAAAAGCAUGUGUGCAGGAAGUCAGAUUACUAAACAGAGAAAAGAAGCUCAAGUUACAGACACAGAUAUGAGAUGGAUCCCUCCUCGGCAGGGUACUUUCUGUGUUAACGUGGAUGCAUGA